GUAGCUUACGUCUGCAGGAACUUCCUGCUUGCGGGGCCGUGGCAGCUCGCGUCCAGAAGGUGAAAAAAGAGCAAGUUUCUUUAACAUACGCCGGGUGCGCAAUUUACAGGAGGACGAAACCCGGGGACGAUGAAUCGUGGCGUGGGAGGGCCGUUGCUUUCCAUAGGAGAUCUGCUGAGUGAUGUGGGCGAAGGAGGUGGGGACCAUACCCCAUCUUCCUCCUCCCCUUCUUCUCCCUCUUUCCAUCUUCCUUCAGACGACCCUCUUCCUCCGUCUCAUCUCAACCGCCUAUUUCAGGAGAACUAUAAUAAGUUGACCGAGGCAUUGAAGGGGACAGAUCAAUCGUGGACAGCCCUAACUCUCAAGCUAUGUGCUUCUCUAGAGACUGCUGAUAAGCUCAUUCAGUCCGCUAACUCGAAUGUGGAAACACUAGCGGAAAAGAUCGGAGAGCUCGAGAGCAUUAUGAAACGGGGGGAUUCCGCUGUAGCAACAGCAAAAGCUAUCCUUAAUACACGGAGCAAAAAGGAAGGGCCCGCAGUUUAGAGUUAUUAGACAUCUGAUGAAUGGUGCAGAUAUACAGAGGUAAGUUAUCCAUUUGUGUGCAUGUAAGCCUGCAAAUAACAAACCACGAGAGGUUUUAAAGAGCUUGUAUUAUUUUAUUUUAUUUUUUGACUAAAAAGAUUGAUUGAUCAUUGAGAAUCUAUAGGGGAAAAGCAAGUUGUAGGCCCCGAAUGGUGAUGUGACCUAAUCUGCACCACACAUGUGGCAUGUUCAAAGUGA